AUGUUUCUAUCGCUCGCUCGCUCCGCUGUCGCCUUGGUCGCAUAUACCUCCGUGGCUCUUGCCGCUUUCGGGAUCAGUACGCCAUCAUCGGGUAGACUGCAAGUAGACUCAGGUGCUGGACUCGUUGUACAGAUCAAUACGGCCAAUGGGGACGUCGUGUCCAUCCUGCUCAACGGCGCCCAGGUCCAGGAUUCGAGCAAGUUCACGCAGAUUGCGUCGGGCUUCGGCUCUGCCUCGGUCACAUCGAGCGUCUCCAACAACAUCGCUGUAAUCUCUGCCUCUUCCUCGGCCAUCGGUGGAAACAUAGUGCAGUAUUACAUCGUUCGCUCAGGCAUCAACAACCUCUACAUGGCUACGUUCACCGACGGAGAGCCUUCCGUGGGCGAACUGCGCUUGAUCGCACGCUUGAGUAGGGCGACUGUACCGAACAGCAUAACCGGGGCUGAUGUCAAGGGCGGCACGGCUAUCGAAGGUUCCGAUGUGUUCUUGGUCAACGGGCAAACACGCAGCAAGUUCUACUCCAGCAUCCGGCAUAUCGAGGACCAGGUUCACGGCGUGACGGGCAAUGGCAUUCGUGUAUCCAUGGUCAUUCCAGGGACCGGCUACGAGCGCUCGUCGGGCGGCCCCUUCUUCCGUGACAUCAACAACCAAGGUAGCGACCAACAAGAGCUGUACUUCUACAUGAAUUCUGGCCACGAGCAAACGGAGCCAUUCCGCACCGGUCUCUUCGGUCCAUACGCGAUGGUCUUCACCACUGGCUCGACCCCGCCCGGUACCCUCGAUACGUCUUUCAUGGAGACGCUCGGACUUCAGGGCUUCGUUGCUGCCAGCGGACGCGGUAAGGUCACUGGCUCGUACUCGGGUGUGCUGUCCGGGCCGGCUGUGACCAUUGCAUUCGCCAACUCCGCCGCGCAAUACUGGGCGAGCGGUUCUGCAUCGGGCUCUGGCUCGUUCACGUCGCCUGCUAUGAUCCCGGGCACAUAUACUGCGACUUUGUUCCAGGGCGAGCUCGCGGUUGCUACUGGGAGUGUCUCCGUCUCUGCAGGCGGCACAGCCAGCCUCACUUUGAGGUCCGCGCUUGCACAGCCUUCUACGAUCUGGGCAAUUGGUACCGUAGAUGGCACCCCAGCUGGCUUCCUCAACGCCGAUAAGAUCGAACACAUGCACCCAUCCGACUCUCGUAUGAGCAGUUGGGGACCAGUGACUUUCACCAUCGGCAGCAGCAACGUCGGACAGUUUCCGAUGGCGCAGUUCAAGGACAACAAUAGCCCGACGACGAUCAAGUGGACCGCAACGAGCAGCCAGAUCGGCGCGCGCACGCUCAGAAUUCGUACCACUGAGGCCUUCGCCGGUGGGAGACCGAUCGUUACUGUCAACAAGUUCUCCUCAUCCAUUCCUCCAGCGCCGACCGCCAUCGACUCUCGUGGCGUCACACGCGGCACAUGGCGCGGAUUGAACCAAGUUUACGACUUCGCAAUCCCUUCUGGCACGCUCGUCGCAGGCUCAAACACGAUAACGAUCAACGUCGCCUCUGGCAGCAGCGGUGAUGACUUCUUGAGCCCGAACUUCGUGUUCGACUCUGUCGAGUUGUUCUGA